UCUCACAGCAAGAGGAGUGUCUGGUGGAGCCAUGCAUACCCAGACAGUACUGGACAAAUGGAUGCAGUGUUUGGAAGGUGCCAGAAGGUUCCAGUGAUAGACAUAUACCGCUAUGAAGUGUCCCCGGUGGUUCUGCAGCACCUGACAGCCACCUUACAGAAGCUCUCCCACACAGGUUUCACAUGGCAGGAUGACUAUACCCAGCAUGUGAUGGCCCAGGAACUCUCAAACCUUCCCAAAACCUACCCACAACGUCCUGAAAGUUCCAACCCAGCCAGGACCUCAAUGCAGAGUGUUGAUAAUGAAAAGAGAUACAGUCAGGAGGGUGACAUUGCACUAGCCAAGGCCCUUCAGCGCUACCUGCCGUACCUGGAGGCCCUGUCCCAGGCCACCACCUCGAACCUGCUCCCCAGGAUGAAGCAUGGCAGACCACCAUCUGAGGGUGAAGAUGCCCUGGCCGAAAGCGUGCUGACUUACAUGGCCCAAACGUCUGCUCUGACCUACGCCCCCAUGCCCCGAGAGGAUUACCCUGCAGGCCACCCCCUGCGAACCCUCAGCCGGCUCCAGCCUGAUGAGCUCAGCCCAAAGGUGGUGGGUAGUGUGGACAGACAGAAUCUUGUUGCUGCGCUGGGUGCCUACGCGGCUCAGAAGCACCCCCCACCCCCCAGGGAGGGUGACCCAGGGUUGCACAACCUUCUGCACGCACCGUGGAGAGAACCGAGGGUCCUUUCAGCACCAGCUACCCCCCAGAAAUGGCCUUUGUCUCCAGGAGACCCCAAACACCCCCUGGGCAGGGGCGAUGAAGCACUAAUUCAGAGCCUCCUGAAGGACCUGAGGAGGCAUCAGGUUGACAUGGCGAGUCUGAGCCCCCUGGACCCCGAGGAGAUGGCCCGUGUGAUUGCUAAUGCCAUGCAAGGUGUGGGUACAGAAGGGGAGCGGGAAGAGGCCGGAAUGGGAGUCGGAGGAGAACCGGGAGAGCAGGUGGACAGCCCCGAGGCAGGGCUCCACGAAGCCCGCAAGGUCGGAGAUGUGCGAGAUAACAGAGUACAAGACGAUGAUGAUAGAGUUUAUGAAGAGGUCAAUCGUUUGAGCCUCACACUUGGGGACCUCCUGCAGGAUCCUGGGUCUCAGUUCUUGCCUGGAGCUCCCCCUCUUGUGGAGUCCUUCAAAACAGAGAUCAAGAAAUCAGAGGACCCUGGGGCCUCCCUGUCUUCAGAGGAGGACAGUGCUGGGGUGGAGAACGUAAGGAGUCAGACCUACGUGAAAGAGCUCUUGGAGAGGCCCCAGGUCGACGGGUUUGGGGAGUUCCAACGCCAGAUUCCAGGGGCCUGGAAGGAGGACCGGCGCCUCGAAGCAGGAGCUCAGGGACGCUCCGGCGAAGGCCUGGAACUGGAAGUCCAGCCUUCUGAGGAGUCCGGCUACAUUGUGACGGAGACCGACCCCCUGAGCCUGGAGAAGGGGAAGGAGUUGCUGGCGGGCGUCGCACGUCUCCUCGAGGUGCCAAUGAGCGUCUUCGUGGACAUCGAUGUUGUGGGACCAGCAGUGACCUUCAAAGUGAGUGCCAACGUCCUGAACGUGACCACUGCGGAGGCUGUGGAGGCGGCAGUUGAAAAUAAGGACAACUUGGAAAAAACAUCUGGACUGAAAAUCCUUCAAACCGGAGUCGGGUCGAAGAGCAAACUCAAGCUCCGGCCUCAUCAGGCAGAGCAGGAGGACUCCACCAAGUUCAUCGUGCUCACCCUCAUCUCCGUCGCUGCCAUCCUGGGGGUCCUCCUGGCCUCCGGUGUCAUCUACUGUCUGCGCCAUAGCUCUCACUACCGGCUGAAGGAGAAACUCUCAGGACCAGGUGGCCACGCCGGCCUGGAUGCCACCGCCUACCAGGAGCUGUGCCGGCAGCGCAUGGCCGUGCGCACGUCCGACCGCCCCGAGGCCCCGCACACGUCCCGCAUCAGCAGCGUCUCCUCCCAGUUCAGCGAUGGGCCAAUGCCCAGCCCGUCUGCACGGAGCAGCACCUCGUCCUGGUCCGAGGAGCCGGCGCAGCCCAACAUGGACAUCUCCACCGGCCACAUGGUCCUGGCCUACAUGGAGGACCACUUGAAGAACAAAAACCGGCUGGAGAAGGAGUGGGAGGCGCUAUGUGCCUACCAGGCGGAGCCCAACAGCUCGCUCGUGGCCCAGAGGGAGGAGAACAUGCCGAAGAACCGCUGCCCGGCGGUGCUGACCUACGAUCACUCCAGGAUCCUGCUGAAAUCAGAGAACAGCCACAGCAACUCCGACUACAUCAACGCCAGCCCCAUCAUGGAUCACGACCCUAGGAAUCCUGCAUAUAUCGCCACCCAGGGACCACUGCCUGCUACCGUGGCUGACUUCUGGCAGAUGGUGUGGGAGAGCGGCUGUGUGGUGAUCGUCAUGCUGACCCCCCUCUCGGAGAACGGCGUCAGGCAGUGCUACCACUACUGGCCGGACGAAGGCUCCAAUCUUUAUCACAUCUACGAGGUGAAUCUGGUCUCUGAGCACAUCUGGUGUGAGGAUUUCCUCGUGAGGAGCUUUUAUCUGAAGAACCUUCAAACCAACGAGACACGUACCGUGACCCAAUUCCACUUCCUGAGCUGGUAUGACCAGGGAGUGCCUUCCUCCACGAGGUCCCUUCUGGAUUUCCGCAGAAAAGUAAACAAGUGCUACAGGGGCCGUUCUUGUCCAAUAAUUGUUCACUGCAGCGACGGCGCAGGCAGGAGCGGCACCUACGUCCUGAUCGACAUGGUUCUCAAUAAGAUGGCCAAAGGCGCUAAAGAGAUUGAUAUCGCGGCAACGCUGGAGCACCUGAGGGACCAGAGACCAGGCAUGGUCCAGACUAAGGAGCAGUUUGAGUUCGCGCUGACGGCGGUGGCCGAGGAGGUGAACGCCAUUCUCAAGGCCCUUCCCCAGUGAGCCGCUCGCUCCCGCAGCCGCAGACGAGCCCCUGACCCCCGGAAUAUUGUUGGGAAUCAUGAUAUCACUUAGUUGUGUGUCUUCUAGUGUAACUACCUAGUGAUAGGGUCCUUGAAAUCCUGUAGGCAGUGCCGGUUAGCAGUCAAAAUGUGUAUUUUUGUUCAACCAAUUAAUAAUAAAGAGAGGUUUAUGGAAACAUCCAAUUACAGGGGGCAACCAGUUCAUCUAUUUUCACUUUCUUGAAAAAAAUUAAUUUUCCUUAAAGCCCAUUCACACUCCUAACUGCAAACAUGUCGUAUUAAUGAUGCAGUAAUUCGCCCACUCGGCAUGGUCUCCAGGAAGAGAGCUGGUUCGUUAUCUGUAACUUUCUGAAGGAUGGAUCAGCCGGGCAGGGAGGGCAUCCAGGGAAACGCACGAGGCACUAAACGCAGGCCGCCAGGUGCAGAGAACACAUUUGGCGUUUGUCUUUCAGACGGUUUAUCACCAGGAGAAACCACUGGCUUACUAAAGAGUUAGGUCAGAAGCCUUGUAACAUUCUGCAGCUUUGGGGCAAAUGAGAAGAAAGCGGUCACAGCAUAUCAGUUCUGUUCUUAUCUGGGCUGCUCGACACCCUCCCCCAAGUGCUGUCGAGAGCCCACCUCAACCUUCCGCCCCGCAAGGAUGGGCAGGGGCCUCCCCAGGGGCAAACGCUCUCCCACUCGGAGAGCGCCUGCUUCCGUGGCCAGCCACCCCAGGUGACCCUUCACCUGGGCAAGGUUGUGGGUGAGCCCCGACCUCAAGACAGGUUUUCCACUUUAAAAUGAUUUACGUACUGCAAAAACAGGUACAGCUAAUGAUGGCUUCCUGCUGGAUGACCACAGUGAGGGGAACAAAUCCGGGCACAUCGGCAGGCUCCAUCAGCCACCUGUGUCCCCUCAGGGACUGUCGUGGGCCUGCUGGCAUCCAGAGAGACCACGGCUACUUCCCUCUGUUCCUAGAAGGGGGGAUAUGCAGGGAGAGCCACGGUUUGUGCUUUAUCUGAGUGAGGUCGCAGCACCUGGGAGAACGAUGGGAGAUGCAGGCAUGGCCUGGGCCUCCGCCCGCUGCAGACUCCUGGUCACUCAGGUCAGCCAGGUGUCCAGCCGCACAUAGACAUAGCGUCUAGAGAUGACCUGGAUUUGCCAAAAUAACACUUGAGCAUCAGGCUUGCCGCCGCCCCCCAGAAACAGAAGAAUCAUCUCAUUAAGCUUAGAGCGAUUGUGUCUAGACGGGUGCAGACGGCUCGUGUGCUGCAGCCUUCCUUUCAGGGUUAGCCAUAAAGACAUCGCCAGUACCUUCUCGGUCCUGCUGUGUCGCACACCGUCCUCUCCAUCCUAAAUCCAUGCAACGUCUCAAAACCAGUAGAAUAGGGAGAGUGGCCUGCUGAAUGGGCAGAAAGUGCCAAAAUGUUGUUCAUGUCUUUCAAUGGUAUUGUCAUGUGUAUCUGCUCUAAUCUAUCUAUGAUUUCCUUCCUGAAGUUGUUUCUCUGGAAUCUGAAUAAUUAAUAGAGAAUAAUUUAUCUGCAUAUAGAGAGCACAUAGCUACUUGUGAUUUCUAACUUCUUAUGUUUCAAAAGGAAUCUUCCAGUGUGAGAUAUAUAAAUA